CCAUAUCCCCAACGAAGAAAAGACCAGGUGGAUAGAGGAUCUCUUGAAACGCGAGGUUGAGAUCCAGAAUACUCAAGGAUUCAAAACUUGGGUUAUAUACUUUUGAAAGCUGUUGAGAGCCCCUCGAUCAGUCUCAUGCCCGCUUCUGGCAGCCUUUACUAAUCCUGACAACAUCCGAGGCACUGCAUCUCUUCCCUAUCUCCGUAUCCUAGAGUCAGUCUUCCAGACCCAUAAUCAAAGAAGACCUCCAACUCCAGGCCUCCAUUUUCCAGCCCAUCUCGUCCCCAAUCAUUCUGGCCAUGCGGCCGCCAGUCCCGUCCAGAGCUUUCUUUCGGGAAGUCUCCACUAAGCACGGCCCGUAUAUUGUCUCUCGUCUGCCUACAAAGUCCCAACACCUGCCAAAGAUCCCCAAUCGGACGCUCCCGCUUCCCUCAACUUGUUCACGCUUCCUUGGCCCUCGUUUACACAGACAGUAUUCCACCGCUUCAGCGCACUCUCAAACAUCUAAACCUUACCUGCUUCUACGUCGCAUUGUCGGAUUUACGGCCAUUGCCAUUGUCGCAUUUUCCACCGGACUCGCUUAUCAGACUCAGAAGACUGUUGCGCGCAUGAUGGCUGUCAGCAUGCCCACCGACGAGGAGACUCUCACUGCCUUUGUACCCUCCGAUGAGUUCACGAAGGAGGUCGAAGACUAUAUCCGCAAUCACCCUGUGACCCUUGCUUUACGUCAAGACCCGGCUUUUACCGAAUCGCGACCACAUUUGAAGAUCCCGCAAGAAUUGCGCGCGCGUCACCUAACGGCCGGUAUCCUUGCAACCCCAGGCGGAAUUGUGGUGCCGCCUUACGUUUUCUGCGAGGAGGGCGGAAAGAGUCUGACCGCCAUCUUUUACCUUGGCUCCGAUGUCUCCGGUCAUCCUGGCAUUGUCCACGGCGGUCUUUUGGCCACGCUGCUGGAUGAGUCCAUGGCCCGGUGCUGCUUCCCUGCGUUGCCAAACAAAGUGGGUGUGACGGCCAAUCUGAACAUUGACUACCGGCGCCCGGCGAUGGCCAACAACUAUGCUAUCUUGAAGGCGAAGACAGUCAAGGUGGAGGGCCGGAAGGCUUGGGUUGAGGCGCACAUCGAAACUCUUCCUGAGGAUGGUAAAGAACCAGUCGUACUGGUGGAGGCAAAGGCUCUGUUUAUUGAACCCAAGCAAGCUGCGGCCAUGGCAAGUCUGUACAAAGUUACCAACUAGUAUGUCCAGGAACAAGCGGAUAGAAAUACGUAGAGGUCGGGUCUUGGGCAAUAUAGAGAUUUAUCAUGUAUUGUUAGUUUUGGGCGUAUAGAUGGGAGCUUUUUGCGAUACUGUACAUAAUUCAAGGCAUAUAUGUUCUAGAAGAGCGAACAUACCGUAUUAUCAAG